ACCCAAAUGUGAGCUUGAAAACUUAUUCGUUCGUGUCAUUAUUUAGUUGAACGGGAAGAAAACGGAAAAUAUUUAAUUUCUUGAUCAUAGGCCUUUUAUAGGACGGAAUUCGUAAUAAAAAGUGGAAAAAUACUUAAAAAUUGAUUGUGUUUUACGUUGGUAGGAGAAGUACAAAAGGAUGUGCCAUUGGUAGACGUCAUCUCGUUCCAUUAAAUUAGCAUUCUAUUCAAAUAUUUAUUGUUAUCAAUAUUUGUUUGCCGAAGUUGUUGUUGCUGUCGUUGUUGUUUGCGCAAAAUAACACACAACUCACAAGCAAACACCCAUAAUACACUUGAACUGCACACCUAGCGGCAGCGGACGAUACACCAUGCAACGCAAACUGUUGCUCUAUGCGCUGCUCUUCUUGGCAGUGACGUCGCAAAAAUGUCAUGUAGUCGAAAGUGGCGGCCCACCCAGCGACACUAUGGGCACAAUAGCCGCCAAUCGCUACAAUGCCGAACAGCAGCAGCAGCAACACCAACAACAGCAUCAUCUUCCCACAACGGCGCAUCAUCAAGGCGGCACUGGUGGUGGCGGCAGUAACAGCGUUGUGCCGGCGCCCGCAGCGCCAACGGCCGCCACACACGCUUUAUACCAUCCAUCACCAGCGGGCAGUGGCCACAUGGAGCAUCGCAAUUCAUAUAAUCUGCUAAGCGAAGCAAUGUCGCAGGCUGUCAGCAAUGAAUUCAGUUCACUGGGCAGUGGUUCGGCGGAUGGUGCUUGCCAUGCAGAUGAUUUGGAUUGUUAUAGUGGCAAUGUGCAAGAUCGUUUGGGUAUGGAGGCUAUACGUACGCUGCAUCGUCAGCUUGAUGAUGACGACAAUGGCAAUAUCGAUUUGAGCGAAUCGGACGACUUUUUACGCGAAGAACUCAAAUAUGACUCCGGUUAUGAGAAGCGUCAGAAAGCGUUCCAUUUUAACGAUGAUAUGCACAUUUCCGUGAAGGAGCUGUGGGAGGCGUGGCUACGUUCGGAGGUACAUAACUGGACCAUGGAGCAAACUUCAGACUGGUUGGCGCAAUCAGUGCAAUUACCACAAUAUGUCGAACUAUUUCGUUUGCAUAAAGUGACCGGUGCUACAUUGCCAAGAUUGGCAGUAAAUAAUAUGCAUUAUGUGGGCAAUGUUCUGGGCAUAAAGGAUCCCAUUCAUAAGCAGAAAAUUGCGCUCAAGGCCAUGGACGUUGUGCUCUUCGGACCGCCGCGUGAGACCGGCACACGCUGGAAGGAUUAUAUUUUAGUGACGCUAUUACUCAGUGCAAUUAUAGGUUGUUGGUAUGCAUAUCAACAAAAUAAGAAUGCUAAAAGACAUUUACGACGUAUGGCUCAAGACAUGGAGGGACUGCAGCGCGCCGAGCAGAGUUUACAAGAGAUGCAAAAGGAAUUGGAACGUGCGCGCAUGGAGCAAGAGAAUGUUGCUACUGAAAAAAUGGAUUUGGAACGUCGACUUAAAGAGGCUCCCACACUUUCAUCAUCCAGCUCUGAUCUGGAGGUGCAAAAGUUGAAAAAGGAAAUCGAAAUAUUGCGUACUGAACUGUCACGCGCUGAAAUCGAAUUGGUGGAUAACUGCUGGACACCGCCACCACAACUACAAUCUUGGCUGCAAUACACCUACGAAUUGGAAAGCAAGAAUCAUUUGAAGAAACGUGUUUCAGCCGAAAAACAAUUGCAAUCUGCGCGGGAAGCAUGUGAGAAAUUGCGUAAGAAACGUUCAAGCUUAGUUGGUGCAUUUGUCUCGACGCAUGGCAAAAGUAUUGACGAUGUCGAUCGCUCUAUUGUGGAAGCACGCAAUUCGCUCAGUGAGGUAACAAACGAGUUGCAAGAACGUCUGCAUCGUUGGAAACAAAUUGAGAAUUGUCUGGGCUUUAAUAUUGUCAACAAUAACGGUUUACAGUAUCUGGAGAAUGUAUUAUACAAUCGCAAUGGCGGCAGCAGUGUUAGCUCCAAUAAGGGUUCACGAGGCCGCAUAACGAGCAGCAGCGAUGAUUUAGACGAUGAAUCUGUGCAAGCCAACUUUUGCGAUCCCAAAGCACGGAUCUGGUACCAAUGGAAAUCUACACGUUCCUUAAUAGACAGCAACAACAGCAUAGCACGAAACCCAACAUCAUUAAUGGCAGCAACAGCAACAACCACAACAGCCUUUCCACGGGACAACAAUUCAUUGGCAGCGGAAGUGGAAUUGUUGGAAAACUUAGCGGAACCAACAAGAAGAUGGUCAAGCAGCACAGCACAACUAGCCAACAGUCCACAUCGUCCACAUCAUCGUCCGUCCAUUCAACACCAUCCGCACCUGGUGCACUCGGCGCAGACUCACGCAGCGGCAGUGGCAAGGGACAAUCCCCCGGACGUUGGUCAUCCCAUGAGCGCAUCUUGCCAAUCCAUCAACAACAGCAACAGCAGCAGCACGAACCUCAAAUGCUUAUUUGGCAGUCAAUGCAGUCUGUGCAGCACAAGCAGCCAACCGCCGCUCACGGACAGCAACAGCAGCAGCAACCACAAUCAGCGCAGCACGCUGGAGAUAAAGAGUCGUUCAUGCAGCCCCAAUACACAGCAAUUGCUGGAAAGCCGCCCGCUGUCGGCGCAAUACCCGCACAAUACCAGCAAUUACCCACCUCGCUUAGCCUGCAAUCGCUGUGCGGGGGGCAGACACCACAGCAUGGGAGCGAUAAUAUCAGCCUCGGCACCGCCGUCGGCGCCACCACCACCACCACCACAUCUGCGCCAGCUGCUGCGUCGGCACACAGUGAUACCCAAAUGGAGGACCAACUGUUGCUCAGCGCCGACAGCGCCAGUCUCGACGGCGGCGCCACCAUUAAGAAGCGAAAACGACGUCUGCGCUUCCCCUUCGGCGGCGGACACCGCAAAUCUGCCAGCAACGCAAGCGCCAGCAGUGGCAGCACAGCCAGCGUCAGCGUCAGCUCCAACAAACAUACAUAGCUCGCAUAGCGUUGACUGUCUGACAACAUCCUACAGGGGCGCCGCCGCCGCCGCAAUAAUGGAGGAUGAGUUGACGAUGCAGAAGGAACAACAACAACUACAGCAGCAGCAGCUAGGCAACGAUGACGACCGCAUGCACGAUGUUAUGGACAACGAUGAUAUUUUCAAAGAAAAUUUUUAUAAACGUAAUAGUAGCCACAAAAACGCCUAUGCGCAUGCCGACUCAGAGGCGGAGGCAUACUCUCAGGUUACUUUGAAUUUUGCUAAACGAGCCGCGCACGCCGCUGCGACUGCGCGGCAAUUAAACGAGCAUGACAAUAAUAAUUUUAGUGAUACCCAAGGCGACUUGAGGAGCACGCCGACAAGUGGCUUCACGAUAACGGCCACCUAAUUGCGGUGGUCGAACGAAAUAUUUAUAUUUUUUAACACAAAUGUUACACGUCUUCCAUGUAUGACGACUGGAACCGACAACAAUGCGAAUAAAAUGUGCGUGCGAGUACUUAAUUUUGCAUAAUUGUACAUACGAACAUAUACUAAUUGGAGAAGGUCACAUAAACACAUUGCAUGCAAGCACACUCACACAAACUCAGACAUAGAACAUAGUAACCCUGAUCUCCGAAAGCAUGAGUAACUCCUAGACAUGUGCCCAAACGUCAUGCUAUGGCACAUCACUUCAGUGCUUCCUCGCAUUGCGUAUAUAUUUUAAAAUCUAAAGCAGUUUAACCUAAACAAACUUCGCCAAACGACAAGUGAAAAUAAAAUAAAUUUUUUGUACAAAAAAAAAAAGAA